AUGCCUCGUUCAUCUAAAAAACGUCGACCUAAUAAUGAACCAGCCGAACCUGAAAGUUCAUCAUCUAGUUCAGCAUCCGAUAAUGAAGAAGAUCCCGAUGAUUCUAUGGAUAAUAAUCCGCAAGAAAAUGUUCAAAUUGAUUUAGAAGCUCGUUCACCAAUUGAUACUGAUCGUGAUGCAAUACUUUAUUUUCUUGAACAAUCAUUUGGUAAUUCAAUAAAAAAAUCUAUACUUGAUUUAAAUCAAUUAGGUACACAAUUGGUUACUCAACAAUCCUGUGGCAGUGUUUUUUAUCAACCAUUAGAUUCAACAAUGGAUGAAACAGAUGAUGAUGAUGAUGAUGAUAAUCCUGUCUUAGGUAUAUGUUCAAUUCUUCGUUUUGAUCAACAAUAUAAUAAACAAUUACAAGCAUGGUUAUUAGAUAAAUGUUCCGAUAAUGAACAAGCAAAGAAAAUUCUUCAAUCUUCGAAAUGUGGUUUAUUUAUUAACGAACGUUAUAUGAAUAUUCCAGCUGAUAUAAGUUUACCAGCUAUUCGUACACUUCGACAGGAAAUUACUUUUCCAAUAGAUUAUUGGGUAAUACAUGCAAAAUUACGUUUACAUAAAAGUGAUUCAAAUACAAUUUAUUAUGUCAAUGGUGAAGAAGAAAUCUUUCAACAAUAUUCAACAGUGUCUGUUGAUUAUUGUCCUGUUCAAUCAAGUGCUGGAGAAUGGACACAUCGAAGAAAAAUAAUGUUUGUUUCGAGUGAUAAACUCGAUCAAAUCUGUUUUGAUAUUGAGCAAAAAUUAAAGCAGUGA